GCACACUGCUCAGUCGUCCUCCACAACAUGGAAGGUGCACUAAGGCUUCUGCUGCUGGCAGCCCUGACUCUGCUUGUUUCUGCCCAGACAUUCACAAACUACAAUAACUUGCCAGAAUCUUACAAAACACACAUUGAUAAAGCACUGAAGAAGGCAAGCAGUAUCUAUGGAAGAGGACAUCAUAUUGCUUUUCAUUCACUUUUAAACAAUCCGAAGAUAACGGAUGACAAAUGGAAAGUAAACGUCCUUCUAAUGGUCACAACAUGCACAAAGGCUUCUACAGAUGCAUAUGAGCACCGAGAUGAAUGUAAUGAACAAAAAAAUAAAACGCCCUGGAUUGACUGUCUUGUGUGUAAACUGGACAAUGAACAAGAACUGGUUGAUUGUGGCACAGUGAAAGAUGUCAAUAAUGGAAUGCGGGUAAAAUAUAGAGAAGUCUGUGCAUUGAAGAAAUAUCAUACUGGAGGUUCCAUACUCCUCCAUAAAUCAGAUAAUAAGGAGAAGCAGUUUGGAUGUCUCGGAUGUGUGUGAAGCUGCACAAAUCACAAUAGCACAAAAAAAAAACUCACUAUGCAUGAAAAAAGAUAUAUUAAAAAACAGGUUUGGUCUUUGUUAAUUAUAGGCUAAUUAACCUUAUGAGACAAUGCUUUGCUAUAAUUACACAGAUUAGUAAAUAAAGCUUUUCAUAAAGGGAACAUUUUCUGUCAAAUUUGCAUAUUUUGUUCUCACAUUUGUACUUAAUAUAUCUUAAGCCAUGAUUGUGCAGC